AUGGGCAAGAAAGUGGCGGUCAUCUUGUCCGGCUGUGGGGCCUACGAUGGGAGCGAGAUCCAUGAAUCUUCAGCCAUCAUGGUCCAUCUCAGCAGGGAAGGGGCACAGGUUGAGCUAUACGCCCCAAAUAUCCUCCAGACGCAGGUGGUCAACCAUGCCACAGGUCAACCAGUGGAAGAGAAGCGCAACGUCUUAGUGGAGAGUGCCAGGAUCGCACGAGGAAAUGUGAAGGAUUUGGCCACGCUGGCAAUGAAGGAUCUGGAUGCUCUCAUCAUCCCAGGUGGUUUUGGAGUGGCCAAAAACCUCUGCUCUUGGGCCUCAGAAGGAAAGAACUGCACCGUCUCCAAAGAGGUGGAGGAUGCCAUCAAGGCUUUCCAUUUGACUCAGAAGCCCAUUGGCCUGUGCUGCAUCGCUCCAGUACUGGCAGCCAAAGUCCUCCCAGGCUGCGAACUGACUGUUGGGGACGACACAGAGUGUGAGACCUGGCCCUAUGCCAAGACGGCCCAGGUGCUGAAGGAGAUGGGCUGCAAACACAUCAACAGGAGCGUCGGUCAGAUCCACGUGGACUGCAGGCACAAGCUGGUGACCACAAGCGCUUUCAUGUGCAAUGCCCCCCUCCACGAAAUCUAUGAUGGAGUCGGGAAGAUGGUCCAAGAGGUGCUGAGGAUGGCCUGA